AUUUGUAAGAAUAUCUUUGAUUAUGGCAUAUAUUCUUUUUGGUAAAUGCAUUGAUAGUUUUUGGAUUAUUUUUUUUUUAGAUCUUCUUUCAGUGAUGCAAGUACAAACAAUUUUAGGAUUGACAUGUUUUGCAUGUAGUGGACUUCAUGAUCCGUGGUAUUGCAAUAAAGUUGAACAGUGUUCACAAGGACAGACGUGUGGUAUGACAGAGUUUGUGACCAAGUCGGGAGAGUCUAACGUAUAUCUUGGAUGUGUUAACAGCACGGAUUGUCAAAGCAGACAACGCAGAUCUGAUAUCCACUCGUAUUGUCAUAGCUGUUGUACUACAGAUGUCUGCAAUAAAAAUGGAUGUGGCCAUAAUGGGAUACCAAUAAAUCAAGUUGGUCCAAUAUGCUACCAGUGUACAGCUAUACCAAACCAUGCAGAUUGUAAAACGGUGACAUUGUGUCAGGCGAAUGAGAUUUGCUUUAUUUAUUCGUUUGGUGGUGAUAUAAAGAUGUACAUGAGUGGCUGUAGAACACGAAUUUCUUGUCAAAAGUAUAGCGGAUUUAACAACAUAAUUGGGAGACGUCGUAAGGAGACACGAAGAGAACAAGGAUGUAACCAAUGCUGUGAUAACAACCUGUGCAAUUUGAAUUGUACAGAUUACAAAUAAACAAUCUUCCGGCUUUUGUUUUGCUUAUUUUAGAUUGUUUUCUUAAAUUGUGUGAGUGUUGUUGUUUUUGUGGAGGGGGAGGGGUUCUCGUUCUUUUCAGCAACAGAUGGAGUAUCUUCAUAGCAUUUACGACACAUUGUUAGUGACAUAAAAUGUUCGAAACGUAAUGUAGCGGAAGCUAAGUUUUUUGUAAACAUAUGACAAAUCUUCCAAAAUAGAAUACGAUUAAAAGCUCUU